CCCACCUUCUCUCUCUCUCUCUCUCUCUCUCUCUCUACCACUAAUGGCUUCCCUCUCUCUCGCCAAGCACUCUCUCCCCUCUCUACUUCCCAACCAAACCCCUAAAACCCCAUUUUCUCAUAACCUCUCAAUUCUCCCCAAAUCAUCACAAUCUCAGUUUUGUGGACUCAAACUCUCUUAUGCUACUUCUCUCUCAAUCCCCUCUUCUUCUACUUCUUCACUACUCAGGAGUUCCAUUUUUGCCAAGGUGAACAAAGGUGGGGUGCCUCCAUCAUUUACAUUGAAAGAUCAGGAUGGAAAGACUGUGAGCCUCUCCAAAUUCAAAGGCAAGCCUGUUGUUGUCUAUUUCUACCCUGCUGAUGAAACCCCUGGUUGCACCAAACAGGCAUGUGCUUUCAGGGACUCCUAUGAAAAGUUUAAGAAAGCAGGAGCUGAGGUUGUUGGAAUAAGCGGCGAUGAUCCAUCAUCACACAAGGCGUUUGCGAAAAAAUACAGACUUCCAUACACAUUGCUAAGUGAUGAGGGUAACAAGGUCAGAAAAGACUGGGGUGUGCCAUCGGAUCUGUUUGGAACCUUGCCUGGAAGACAGACCUAUGUUAUUGACAAGAAGGGGGUGGUUCAACUCAUCUACAACAACCAGUUCCAACCCGAAAAGCAUAUUGACGAGACCCUAAAGAUACUUCAAAGUAUUUGAGUCCGUAAGUUAGAUUCUCAAUCCAAUGUGUUUUUUUUUCCUCCCCUGCCCAUCAAAUUUGUUGUCUUGAUGUUAGAUGUUUGAAAUCUUCAUAUGAGUCCGAACCCUGUUACUCGUAGCAAUUAAUUUAAGAAAGAUAUAUUAUUUUUGUUCUUCGUUA